AUGGCGGACAGACUCACCCAGCUCCAGGUUUGUUUGGACCAGCUUGUGGCGCAGUUCAAUGCGACAGUCAAUUAUGUAAACACACAUAGCGAGAUGGCGCCGUUGGAUCCUGAUCCGCAUUCGGUGAUCAACUUGGCAGCCAACGCUCCACCUCCAGGAAAGAAAGACGACACCAGCGGAGCUAAUUCUGCUCCUAGCAACGACGUGAAGACGGAAGCACCUUUUGAAAGCGUCUUGAAUGAACUUUCAACUGAUAUCAUCUUAAAAUCGCGUCAAAUAAGCAUGAUCAUCGACUCUUUACCCGGCAUUGGAACUUUACCGGAGACGCAGUUGAAAACUAUUACAGAGCUAAUCGAGGAGCUUGAAAAGACAGAGAAAGAGCGCCGGGAGAAGAUAAAGGAGAAGGAUGAGUUGCUCCGGUGGUGUGAGGAACUAAUUUUCAACGUUUCCGGAGGAAUCUAUCGCACGAGAUCGUGA